AUGGCAGGGCAACUCGCUCAAUUAGUGCGCGAGGUAGAGCGUCUAGUCACUGCGCCUUAUGUGCCUUCGUUACAGGAUCUCCAUGAUCUGGUGCGACAAACCCAACCUCCAACAAUAGGCGCCUGGGCAUUAUCCAAGCCCUGUCAAGUAGGCUUGUUGGCUGAUGUUUUGAUCGAAGCCUUGUCGCGAUCGCGUGUCGCUUUGCCUCUGAUCACGGCUUUUGCAUCUACAUGUGCCUUUAGAGAUGCGAUACUCGAGCGACAUCCGGUCAUUUUAGACGCAUUCCUAGAAAAGGCCCUGGACACUCAAGGAGCCGAGUAUUCCACGGCAUGUAUCGCAUUAUUCUCAUCAUCCCUGCCAGCGGGUGUUGUGCCACCAGCUAGGACUGCCGCCUUCAUCACGAAGCUGGUCAGCAUGAUGGCAGAAAAUCCCUGCGUUGAGACCGUAGCACCUCUUCACACAGUCAUCUCAGGACUCAAAGGCUCGCCACGGAUCCUGAAUGAUAUUUCGUCCGAGGUCAUGUCCAAUCUGCAGGUGGAAUUUACCAAAACAUUGCGCAACCUUGACGAUCAUAUGGGCAACCUCCUCUGUCUGGCAACCUUUGCGCAGAUCGCGACGGCAUUAAAUACAACAUCUCAAAAUCAACACGGAUCAGAAGCGCCAUGGCUUCUAAGUAUUAAGCAUUUCUUUGGCCAGAAACGCGGCCUCAAAACACUCGACUUGGUUGUCUUGCGUGUCAUACUCGCUUGCUCAUCCAGUUGCAAUUUGGCGCCGCCCCAGGCGGCUGAGAGCAUUCGGUUGGCCAUUUGCAUCGCCGACGCAAUUGAGCCUGAGCAGAAACAGGCUUGGAUAGCAGGCAACAAUCCUAAGAUUGCUAAGCUGUGCGAGAAGGCUGUCAGAGAUGGUCUUUAUGGUCAAACACAAACGAUGGUAAUCGUCUUCUUGCACACACUUCUCCCGGCACAUUCAUUGCCAUCCCAGCUACAGGAGCUUGGCCUAAAGGUCCUUUUGUCCGAGAAUAGCCAAGAGACCAUGGAAAGGAUGCCCUAUCAACUGACUACACGCCUCGCAAAGUCUCUAGCAGGGUCUGGGGAGCCUGCCACUCGUCAACUUUUGACCUUUACUUUCGAUGUCUUACGGGGUAAUAAAUGGUUGGGGAUGGGACAGCUCGCAGCAUUGAGCUUAGCGCUCUCUAUACUAGCUGGUGUGCAAGAAGUACAUCCCGAAAUUAUGCUUUCCAGUGUCAACAACUCCAUGGCCCCUUUGAGGAAAGUUCUUGGGGAGAUGAUGGAAUACUUCCCCCAACAGCCAAGCGAAAGCCAAUGCGGUGGUGGAUCAUGGUGUGGAUCUGAGCUAUACACAAAGCAAAACAAGCUCUUCCUAUCUCUACUAAAACUUUACAACGUGGUUUCAGAGCAAAAAAGAGGCGACAUCAUCAUGAAAUGUUUUAUGGGACGAGUGGAGCAGCUGAUGCCGCGCAUCGAGUGUGCCUUCUCAACAACAAGUCCCAACGCCUUCCGUGGCUCCCUUGCUUUGCGCGACAGACAUGGCCUCUCGUCAACUCAGAUAAAUCGUGAUUGGCGCUCUGGGGUUACCGAACUCUUUAUGCAGAAUGCUCAGAGCUCUCACGACAGCAUGAUGAGAAAAAUCGAGGAUAUGUGCUUUGACCUAGAGAGUCGUUGUCAUGAUGUUGAGGGACCCCUACGAGCUACCGAGGAAGAACGGGACAAAUAUGCGAGUGAAAACGAGCAACUGAGAGCCCAAAAUACAGAGCUUGAAACCAAGUCAAGGGGCUUAUCCGACUGUUUUGCUGAACUCGGUCACGAGAAAACAUAUGUUGAACAACUCCUUCAAGGUCAAUACACAUACACCGAUGAGCUGAAGACAUUGCUGGAAUCUGCGCGCGAAGAGAUUCAGCGGCAGCAACAAACUUCCGAGAAGACACUGCUUGUUGAAAAGGAAAAGGCCCGCUCCAAGGAAUUGGAGAUGAUGGCUACUUUAACUGAAAAGGAUGAUCAACUGGAGGAGCUUCAGCAGGAAAUGUGCAGUUUGCAAAUGAAAAAUGAGCAGACACGCCAGAGUCUCGAUCAAGUAUCGAGCGAAAGUGCUACAUUGUCUGAACUCUCCAGCUCUCUGAAACAAGAGCUUGCUAGUGCUACAGAGACAUUGAAACAGACUAAACUUCUUGCUGAUGAGAAAGAAGAUGACGUGAACCGCCUCCAAGCCCAGGAGGAAGAGUUGCGAAAGGAACUGGGAUCUAUGGAAACAGCGGUUGCACAACAGAAUGUUGAAGUUGAGAGGCUCUAUUCUGCAUUGGAAGAGUUGGAGAAAAAGUCCCGGAUUGAGAUUGAACAGCUGAAAUAUGAUCACGAAGCCGAAGCUUCUCGAGCGAUAUCUGAGAUAGCAAAACAUGAGACAGAAAAUCGUCGAUUGCAAGCUACUAUGCAAGCUGCCGCUCUUGAUGCUUCCAGAGAUGUGCAAUCGAAAGACAAACGGAUCAAUCACCUAGAGAGAAAGGUGCAAGCCUUACGAGACGAACGUGCUGCCAAGGCCCGUGAGUUCUCAGAAGCACAACAACACAUCGGUCGUCUAAUGGGCGUGAUGGGCUUCUCGGCCAACGCCCCCGAGUCAAACACCCCUUCGAACCACCAACGAACCAGGUCCUCCGUCAACGCCACUCCGGCUGCUAGGAUCCCGCAAACCAUAAGUGAUGGUGAAGAUGACACACAGUCAGCAGAGCCAUUUGAAUCCAUGACCUCCAACUUCAAUUGUCCUACCCCAAAACGACCAAGAGGGAACCGCAAGUCAACAAGCCUGCCUUAUGACUCGAGUACUCCCUCUGCUGCAGGUCGUAAGACGAAAACUCCACCUCCGGCCAGUGGCAUGUCUCGCUCUGUGAGAAAGCCACUGGCAGAAGCUAACCGCAACAGCCCGACGAAAUCACAGUGUAGCAGUGCGUCGAAACGAAAUCAGGUAGAUGAUUCUUUCCCGGGGAGACAGCCCCAGGAGAAUUUUGGGGAGAACAGGCUUCAUAAUUUGGAUUUGGAUAUGGACCUGGAGUUUUCGAGAGACUUUCUCUUUUCGAGCACGGCUUUUACGGGAUCAACAGAUCAAAUAGCUCCACAGUGA